GCAGACACCCAGAUCGACCGAGAACAUCAAAAUUUUUAUGAAGCAUCUUUAGAAUAUGUCUUUAAAAUCCAAGAAGUUCAAGAGAGAAAAAAGUUUGAGUUCGUAGAACCGUUACUCUCCUCUACACGUGGACUAUUUACUUUUUACCAUGAGGGUUACGAGCUGGCCCAGGAGUUCGCGCCGUACAAGCAGCAGCUGCAGUUCAAUUUACAGAACACAAGGAAUAAUUUUGAAAGCACCAGGCAGGAAGUUGAACGACUGAUGCAAAGAAUGAAGUCAGCCAGACCUCUUGGAUUCACCUGGAUAAAGCAUUACUGUACUUAUGACAAAGGGACAAAAACGUUCACAAUGAGUAUUUCUGAAACAAAGUCUGGGGGGAAAGUAAAUGGUCUCGUCCCAAGUACACCAGAAAUAUUCAAGUUGAAAUCUUGCAUCCGGAGGAAAACAGAUUCAAUUGACAAACGCUUCUGUUUUGACAUUGAAGUAGUUGAGAGACAUGGGAUCAUUACACUUCAGGCCUUUUCUGAAUCCAACAGGAAGCUCUGGCUGGAAGCUAUGGAUGGGAAAGAACCAAUUUAUACUUUGCCAGCUAUUAUUAGCAAGAAAGAAGAAAUGUUCCUAAAUGAAGCUGGUUUUAACUUCGUUAGAAAAUGCAUUCAUGCUGUGGAGACGAGAGGGAUCACAAUCUUGGGGUUGUACAGAAUAGGUGGUGUGAAUUCCAAAGUUCAGAAGUUGAUGAAUACCAUAUUUUCUCCUAAAUCUCCUCCUGACAUCGACAUUGAUUUGGAAGUUUGGGACAAUAAAACUAUAACAAGUGGGCUAAAGAACUACCUCAGGUGUCUCACAGAGCCGCUGAUGACCUACAAGCUGCACAAGGAUUUCAUUGUGGCAGUUAAGUCCGACGACCAAAAUUACAGAGUGGAAGCCGUGCAUGCGCUUGUUCACAAACUGCCAGAGAAAAACCGAGAGAUGCUGGACAUCCUCAUCAAGCACUUGGUCAAGGUAUCAUUACACAGUCAGCAGAACCUCAUGACUGUUUCCAACCUCGGAGUUAUAUUUGGUCCCACGCUGAUGAGAGCCCAAGAAGAGACCGUGGCUGCUAUGAUGAAUAUCAAGUUUCAGAAUAUUGUGGUUGAGAUUCUUAUUGAGCAUUAUGAGAAGAUAUUUCACACGGCCCCGGAUCCCAACAUCCCCCUUCCACAGCCUCAGUCCCGAUCAGGGUCAAGGAGGACAAGAGCGAUCUGCCUCUCCACAGGCCCUCGCAAGCCCAGAGGACGCUACACCCCAUGCCUUGCGGACCCAGACAGUGACUCAUACAGUAGCAGUCCAGAUAGCACUCCCAUGGGCAGCAUUGAAUCACUCUCCUCUCACUCCUCAGAACAAAACAGCACCACCAAAUCCACGUCUCCCCAACCCAGGGAGAAAGCAGGAGGAGUUCCUUGGAUCGCCUCAUCCCCUUCUUCCAAUGGGCAGAAGAAUUUGGGCCUUUGGACCACGAGUCCCGAAUCAUCCUCGAAGGAGGAUGCAGCGAAAACGGACGUAGAGUCUGACUGUCAGAGCGUUGCCUCCAUCACUGGUCCGGAGAAUGCAUCUCCACCGACGGACCUGACCAAAAAAGGACCAUAUAGUCUCUCUGGGAUGAAAAGAUCGGCAGCUUCGUCCGUCAGGUCAAUCCCUUCCGCUGAAG